UCGGUCCAACCCUGGACCACCCACACGCACAUAGAAAACAUCGCAUGGUCUGACCAUGCGGAGAUCACGCUGAACCUACAAAUCCCACAACUGUCACGCCCGUGGCACUGGCGCCUCAACCCGUGGAUUCUACGGGACAAAGCAACAGUAUACACCAUAACCAAACAACUUAAAACCUACUUUGAAAUCAACGCCACAGAAGACAUGGACCCGACGACAGUGUGGGCAGCCCAGAAAGCGACAAUAUGA